AUGGACGAAGAUUGGAAGGACAAAGAAUUAGCUUUAGAAAAAUAUAAUUUACGAAGCUUUUCAGAAGAGUUUAUGCGUCAAGUUAUCGAUUUUGUUGAUCAUGCAGGUCCGGGAAGUAAACAUGGGAGAUCUUGGAAAGCCAUUCAUCACCGAUUUCGAACAAUCCCAGACAGAAGUUAUAUUUCACGUUUUCGACAAUAUUUGGAACAUCAUGGAACAAAGCGACAGAAGACUCAAGAUCUGGACAGUUUAGUUUACAAAAAGUUAGUUGAUGCAAGACAAAAGAAUCUCGUUGUUCAUGAUUUGGCUAUCCAGCGAUGGGUUUAA